CGAGCGCGAAAUGACCCGGGCGGGGAACCUGUGUCUGAGCUCUGCCGGGGCCGUGCUGGCUCUGGCCUCCUCCGGCGAUGGCAGACACCCGGCUGAGCACAUCAUAGAUGGGAAUGCAGACACAUUCUGGACUACAACAGGACUGUUCCCCCAGGAAUUCAUCAUCAGCAUGAACACUUUGCAAAAAAUUGGAAAAAUCACCAUUGAAAGCUCACAAAUAAGAAGUAUACACAUUGAAACAAGCACAUCCAAGGAACCAACUAACUUUGAGCGCUGUGUGGAAAGAGAGUUUGAGCAUGUUGAAGGACAGUUCCAGACUGAGGAAAUAACUCUUCCUGGAGUUCAAGCGAUCCAUUUGCGCUUUGUGAUCUUGUCUGGGUUUGAUCACUUUGUAGCUGUGCGCAGUGUGUCAGCAGAAAGUGUGAUGUAA